AUGACUGCUGAAAUCAAGGUGGUCAAUCUGCGAACUCAGAAGCGCCUUGCCGCGUCGGUCAUCGGCUGCGGUGAGCGCAAGAUCUGGCUCGACCCCAACGAGGUCAACGAGAUCUCCAACGCCAACUCUCGCCAGACCAUCCGCAAGCUCGUCGCCGAUGGCCUCAUCAUCCGCAAGCCCGUGACCAUGCACUCGCGGUCCCGUGCCCGUGAGCUGAACUUGGCUCGCCGCAUCGGUCGCCACCGUGGCUUCGGUAAGCGCAAGGGUACCGCUGAGGCCCGUAUGCCUAGGUUCGUCGACACCAUUCCCAUCGAUCGCCAAGUCCUCUGGAUGCGCCGCCUCCGUGUCCUUCGCCGUCUUCUGGUGAAGUACCGUGCCUCCGGCAAGAUCGACAAGCACCUUUACCACGAGCUUUACCACUCCAGCAAGGGUAACGCCUUCAAGCACAAGCGUGCUCUCGUUGAGCACAUUCACCGUGCCAAGGCCGAGAAGGCCCGCGAGAAGGCUCUCAAGGACGAGAUGGACGCCAAGCGCGCGAAGACCAAGGCUGCCCGCGAGCGCAAGCAGGAGAGACAGACGGCGAAGAGAAACGCUCUGUUGGGCGAGGGCGAGGAGGAGGCCAAAUAG